AUGGAAAUCCCCUUCGAAAUUCUUGAAUUAAUUGUUGAAGACUUUGCGGCGACCCAAUCCAAGGCCAACAGGAAAGCGCUGGCCAACUGCAGCUUGGUUUCCCCGGGGUUGCGCAGGCUUUCCCAGUCCAUACUCUUCAGGGAUAUAUCACUCCAGAGGGUAGGAGGGAGCAACAACCCCAACAGACGCGUUCAAGUCAUCAUUCCCGUUCUCAAGGCCAACCCAGAACGACUCUGUGGUUAUGUGCGCACACUCACAGUGUCACCCAUCAUCAACGAGUCGUCGGACACAAUCACGAACGGCGACGCAGACGACCAGCUUGAACGAUGUCCACUCAACGGAUUGGCUGGCCUCCACUUUCCCAACCUUACAGAUCUGUCACUGGGGUCGUAUGAUGCGACCUGGCUGGCCUUUCCGGUCCCUGUGCGACGUUGGAUCGAAGAUCUGUGCAUGGGGAUGUCGCAGGCGAGAUUGCAGUCGCUCAGCAUCACCGAGAUGCGCGACAUCCCACCAUCACUCCUCCUGACGGGACCAUCAAUUAAACGACUCUCGCUCUCCGGAGGGAUAUCUGCUUUUCGCUCCAGCGACUUGGACGCUUUCAUGGCCGCCCGCCCUACCACUGAACAGGUGUCCAUAUGUCAGCCCAAAUCCCUGACAUUUGGACCACGAUAUGGACGAUUUCUAGCCAGUCUCAUGCUCAUAGACCCUAGGAUUUUUGCGAGGGUCGAAGACAUGAGUAUAUACAGGUUUCUGACGCAUCUGGCCGAUAUCCAGGACGUAAACCGCGCCUUAAGUGUUUCUGGGACAUCCAUUCGGAAACUUACCAUUAAUUUCGUCUAUGGCAGAGGACUACAGUCACUGGACUUGAAUCCGUUGAAGAACCUGACAUGCAUUGUCAUCCGAGCAAUCAAAGUCUUUCCUACCCAGAGUCAAGCUGUCCUCCCCGUGUUAAACCAACUGUGCACUUUAGAUGACAGGGCACCGCUUCAAUCACUCGAACUGGAAACCAGUAGAUACCACCGCAUAGACAACUGGGACGACCCGGCGUGCCUGAUGGUGCGUCCUGUUAGUCACCGCGCCAUGGAUAUCCAUACUUGGGAUGCCAUCGAUAAAUGCCUGGCGGCGUUCAUACGUCGAUUCUCGACCUGUAACCAGAUUCACCUCAGCUUCUGCACUAAUGUUGAACGCCCUGUAACUCUUGGACCGGAUCUGAAGAGGGAAGAGGAGAAGUUUGAAUCAUGGAAGGAGCGGGCGCAAAUACUCGUGGUUACGCCCGAGGAACUGCUUCCUAUCUCGUCGAAGGAGAGCGUUUUGUUCAAUUUCACUUUCCCCUACGGCCGGUUAGUUUCGAAGGACUGGCGGUAA